CGACUGCGGAACACCCGGUGGCUGCGGAGAAACACUGACUGCUCCUACUACUGCUACUACUGCUACUUGUUCCCCUCGACAUUUCAUUGUCUCGGCGGGUUUGUUAUUGGCACAUCGAUUGAAGGUGCUUUCUCUCUUCAUUCCUAUUGGACCCCGGAUGUCCCCUAGUAACACUUCACGCUGAUGUGACUGAGACCUGCAGAGUCCUCCUGGGUGUUACCUGCGAUCCAUGGAUUCCUUCUUUAUCUGCAGUUGACCUGCUGAGCAUCUACUCUGUCUACACUCUCAGCAUACUCUUUCAUUUGCUCGACUGGGAGUCUCAGUUAGACUGGAUCCGAUAGGCUUCAGUGCGAUCUUUAACGUUCCAUUCUCACUCAUUUUAACCACACUGUCGCCAUGGCAAGUGUGCACUCCAUAUCAUUACUUUCGGAGGCUGAAUUCGGGUGCGAGCAUCUGGCCGCGCAACUGGGACAGGAUGGGAGCACCUCUGAACAGUUCAAGAGCGCUUUCAUCAAGACACAUAAUGCUCUCAGCAAUUUCCCGCGCUCCACGGAUUUGUCUGUUAAACAGAGUACUCGUCUCAAGGCCAAGGGCUUUUUGAAGCCUAAGUAUACCUGCUUGACGUGCUCUGAGGCGAUCUCAAUGGCCGACCGGAAAGCCCAUACCGAGAAGACCAGCCAUCAGUUCUACAUGGAUUCCAGAGGCCGCACCCUGUACUGCGAGGCCUGCAGUGAUUUCGUCUACGACCACGGUCUAGAACGGCUUCGGUGCUCAACAACGGAGAGCGCUCUGGAAGUUGCCCGGAAACGUCGCUUUAGCAAUAGCUCUGCAGAUGAACUUUACAUUCGCAGUAAUGCUAACAAACGUCCGUGUGCCAAGCAAGGCGUUAGGGGCUUGUUUAACCUGGGGCAGACAUGUUAUCUCAAUGUCAUUCUCCAGACCCUCCUGCAUGAUCCGAUACUCAACACGUACUUCCUCGGCAACGGACAUCAGCCCCACGACUGUACUGCCUCUGAUUGUGUAGGAUGUGCAGUUGCCGAGGCUUUCGCCGACUUUAACAGUAGCGAUAAAGCAGAAGGGUUCGCAGCUCUUAAUCUUCUCUUGGCGUCAUGGCGCGCAAGUCCUACGUUGGCGGGCUAUCAACAACAAGAUGCCCAUGAAUAUUAUCAGUUCCUCGUCGACAAGCUUCAUGCUAGCACCGAGGGACACCGAGAAGGUCAUGAGAAGGGCUGUCCUUGUUUCUUCCAUAAGACCUUCUACGGCAAGCUUCGAAGCAGUGUUACCUGCGACAAGUGUGGCAAUGUUACGCGAACGGAUGAUCCUAUGGUGGAUCUCAGUCUGGACGUUCAGGUGCAGGCGAAGAAGCGCGCCAUGGGUGGUAUUGGGGCCUCAUCGACGCCUACUCUAAGUGGAUGUUUGGACAGUUACACGUCUCCGGAGAAAUUGAUGGCAGGCGUGUACAACUGCAGCCAUUGCGGCGGAACUCCUCAAAAGGCGACCAAACAGCUUCGAAUCCGGAAGUUACCGGCCAUUCUGUGCAUGCAAUUGAAGCGCUUCGAGCACACGUUUUCUGUCUCCGAGAAGCUGGAGGGCAAGAUCGACUUUCCGCUGUCAAUCAACAUGCUUCCUUAUACGACCGUCCCACAUGCCAGGGUCGAUAGGUCAAGAUUCAUGUAUGACCUCUCAUCUGCUGUAGUCCACAAGGGCAAGCUCGAUGCGGGGCAUUACUAUGUAUACUGCCGUCAGGGCGACGAGUGGAUGCUCUUCAAUGACGACCAGGUUACAGCCGUCACAGAGGCAGAUGUCCUCAACGCGGAUGCCUAUCUUCUGUUCUACAAUCUUCGAUCUCUCGCUUCUGCACCGCAAUAGAAGCCUGUAGACAUACAAUUGUACUAUCACAUCAUCCAGGCGGCUUAUUCUCGCAUUCGGUUUCAGUUCAGCGACACGGAGUCAUGGAAAGGAGUUGAUUAUCUAUUCGGUUGCAUACUCGUCUCGGCGAGAGGUGGCUGACAUCUGCCAUAGAUGUAAGACCAAAUGUUGCUUUGCUUUGUUCAUAUCUAGAUAUAGCGGGAUAGGUUAGCGCCGUGGCUUGAAAGACUACAGUACAAGUCAGCUGCGAUGGGCUUAGCAUAGCUGUUUAGCUAGAAUUGAUGACAGUACUGCUAUCGUGCC